UCACACUCAUGUUUGGCGGCCAUUUUUCUUGAAACUCAGCGGCGCGGGACCUGCGGUACCUGCUGUAGUCACGAAGGACAAGCGGCAGCCUGGUCGGCAGUGAGUAGCCUGCAAUAUUCGGCCGUGGUUACGAUGAGUUUACCCCUCAAUCCCAAACCUUUCCUCAAUGGACUAACAGGAAAGCCAGUGAUGGUGAAACUUAAGUGGGGAAUGGAGUACAAGGGCUAUCUGGUGUCUGUAGAUGGCUACAUGAACAUGCAGCUUGCAAAUACAGAAGAAUACAUAGAUGGAGCUUUGUCUGGACAUCUGGGUGAAGUUUUAAUAAGGUGUAAUAAUGUCCUUUAUAUCAGAGGUGUGGAAGAAGAGGAAGAAGAUGGGGAAAUGAGAGAAUAGCAUCUUUUGUCGGGAUUUUUUUUUAUAUAUAUAUAUUUCUAGACAAUAAAGAUUUGUUUGUUUUUCAACUUGA